AGCUAGCUUUUGAACCUUUGAUAUUAUAAAACGUGUACAGGAGUUUAUCUGCUGUUAAGAUACUAAUCCACACCUAUAAAUAUGUGCAGACAAUUACAAACAUUCCAACAUCAUAAUCCAAGCACACACAUUUACAUAUAUAUAUAGAAGAACACAAAACAAUCUGAGUAAAAAACACUUGUCUUUCUGUGUCUCUGUUUUCAUGGCUGGGCAUAGUAAUUCCAGUAACAAACCGCAGAACGAUGGUCAAGCUGGUAUACCAUCUGCCUACAGAGGGGUCCGGAAGAGGAAAUGGGGGAAAUGGGUGUCUGAAAUACGUGAACCAGGGACCAAGAACCGUAUUUGGCUUGGCAGUUUCGAGACUCCUGAGAUGGCUGCAACCGCCUAUGACGUUGCAGCAUUCCAUUUCAGGGGACGAGAGGCUCGUCUCAACUUCCCUGAGCUCGCCAGCACCCUGCCACGUCCUGCAGACUCUAGCUCAGACAGCAUUCGCAUGGCAGCUCAUGAGGCAACACUCUGCCUCGGAACCCAACCAGUAGACUCAGCCAUGCAAGUGGACAGCUCAAGCUCCUCUGCGGUGAGUCCAACGAUGGUCAGACUCUCCCCCAGAGAAAUUCAGGCCAUCAAUGAGUCGACUUUGGGAUCUCCUUCCAUGUGGAUGCAUUCAACAGAUGACUGUAUGGGGUUUGCUACUGAUUUAGGGAUGAAUGUUUGGGAUACAUACCAGAGUGACUCUCUUUGGGACCCUUAAUCCCAAAAUCCAACCCAUGGAGAGUUC